AUGGAUUCGUUCCUGCUUCUGGAAAGGAUAAGCGGAAUCUGUGAGCAGGAGUGCACGAGCGGAUGUGUGGGCGGGGAGUGUUGCCACCAGGAGUGCGUGGGCGGCUGCAGUAGCCCCCGCAACGCCUCCAGCUGCGUGUCCUGCAGGCAUGUCCUUCUCCGGGGGAGCUGUCUGGAGGCUUGUCCGCCCAACAUGUAUAAGAUGUAUGACAACACCUGCGUCACGAUGUCCGAGUGUCGAAAGAAGAAAGGGUUCUUAGUGGAGGAUACUCGGAAGUGUGAAGGGUGCCCGCCCAACCACAGGGAGCACAGGGGGGUCUGCGUGCAGGGACGAGACGUCUCUCGUAGCCGCGUGGAUGCUGUAGUUAGCAGCAUCAGCCAGGCCGAGAACUUGCGACGCUACACCUCCGUCCACUCCCUCGUCAUCUCCAUCGCUGGGGGAGAAAACGUGGAGCGAGAACUGCAGCGGUGUCUUGCCAAUAUCCAGGAGGUAGAGGAUUACGUGAAAAUAUUUAAGACGAAUAUCACCUCCACAGAAAUUCUGCCGAACCUCAGGGCGAUCCACGGGAAGAACCUCGUGUACAACAACUACUCCCUCGUGGUGCUGGACAACCCCAACCUCCGCACGCUAGCCCCCUGGACGAACCCCGACAGGCGCUUCUCCAUCGGCCGCGGCAAGGUCUUCUUCCAGGCGAAUCCGCGGCUCUGCCUCGACCAGAUCUAUUCGCUGGUGACCUCGGCGAACCUCUCGUCCGUCUCCGAAACCGACGUCUCGACUUUCUCCAACGGACAGAGGGCUUCGUGUGAAGUGUACGAACUUCCCGCUCAGGUAAAGGCUUCCCCUCACUACGGCACACUGCUCAUCACAGUUGGCCCUGUGCCUUCGACCCUCCUCGCCUCUGUCAACGCCUACUACAUCAGCUACAGGAAAGCGACUCAUAAUGCCACCCAGUAUGAGGAGACCUGUAAGGAAUUUACGCCCAAAACCUCAGCCAGCGGCGUGUUUGACCUCCAGCUCCUCGGCCUGGAGUCAGCUACACGAUAUGCGGUCUAUGUUAAAGCCUUUUCCCUCACUCCUGGGGGGACGGUGGUGCAGUCAGCCAUCAAAUAUGCCUUUACGAGCCCUUUUAACCCGAGCCAGCCGGUGGGUCUCGGCUGGGCUUCCCCCAAGAGCUCAGAGCUGGAGCUUUGGUGGUCGAAACCCGUCUACCCUAAUGGUGCUGUUGACCAUUACCUGGUGACCCUGGUGAUGGUUCCCCGCGUCAAGGCCAUCUCCAGAGACUUCUGCAGUCCAUCAGUCGACAUCACGCUUAAAGCCAUAGCCCAGCGCGCGGAGGAAAAGCAAGACUCUUAUCUCAAGAUGCGGAAGCAGAGAUGGGAGGAAGACCUGGCCUCUUCCAAGACUCCCGAAGCGAACACCUGCUCAGUUCCCCCCAGGUGUUGCAGCUGCGGCGGGGGGGAGGGGGAGAAGGAGUAUGUUGAGGAGAGGGAGAACAAAUCCACACAGGACUUUGAGCUUUACAUAAUGGACGAUGAUAUGUAUAAGGAAGUAAUCUACACCAGAAGUCAGAGAAAAUUACAAAGCAAAUCGAACGCUCAAGAACCGCCAUUUCAAGACGCUCUUCAAGGCUCUUUUGUUCCGGGGAGGGACGCUCACUGGAACAGCGACCUCCUCCAGGCUUCGCUCACGGGAGGGAACAGCGGCCCUUCCCUCCUCCCCGUCGGCCUUCAACACGUUGCGAAUAACUAUACGAAAAUUAUUGAUGGCGGUACGAACAAAAGGCGAGAAACUCUACGGCAUCUACCCGCUCAUUAUCAACUACACUAUUCCAACAGCACGCACCGGGUUCAAGACACAAACAGCAGUUACUUCCGGGUCGUGCAUCAGCUUACCCGGGACCUCCACCUCUCCGUGCGUAACCUGCGACACCACACACUCUACGCCGUGGGUGUCGUAGCCUGCCACGCUCCCACCAACUGCACGUACACUGUGGAGGGGGAAACGCCCGAGGCUCCAUCGGUAGCGAAGUACCACCUUUGUAAAUUGUGCUCCAGCGUGCCUGCUCAAGCUGCUGCAACUACGGCUCUCAAUAAUACCUCGGACAUUGUUCCUGACGUCUCCCUCGCAGCCUCCGUGGACAACACCUCAGCGUCAGUCUCGUUGUCAUGGGCACCCCCCUCGUCCUCCAACGGCGAGGUCCUCUCCUACUUGUACUACUGCGCGCUUCACCAGAGUCCCAAAUCCAGCCACUGUGUAACCCGGACCCAGUUUGAGGAAGCAGGUCGGCAGGUAAUUUUGCGUGACCUCGUUCCGGGGAAAUACUCUUGCUGGGUCAGGGUCAGGUCAGAGGUCGGCGAUGGGCCAGAGUCGGCACCAAUUACCUUCGUCAUACCGGACAUGAGAGCUCCUGAAGACAAGGCGGCCGUUUGGUGGGCGGUGGGCGUGGCUAUUGUAGCCAUCUCUGCUCUGAUUGGCUUGUCAUUACGACGUCAUAGAUCACGUCAUAAAAUCCCCGACACAAUGGACGAAGUCGAAAACAACCCAUUCUAUCGAGAAGGCUUCGCUCCCUCCGAGAUGUUCCGCGAAAAUUACAUCCUGUGGCGUGACGACCUGCGUGUCCUCUUCGACCACCCGCUCGGCCACGGCUACUUCGGGAUGGUCUUCGCCGGGGAGCUGAAGGGCGGCGGCGGCGGCGGCGGCGGAGCGAAGAGGGUGGCGGUCAAGACGCACAGCGAGAGCGCGUCCACCGAGGAGAUCAAGCAGUUCCUGAAGGAGGCGGCGAUGAUGCAGGAUAUCAGGUGCCACCACGUCGUGGAGUUCAUAGGCGUGGUGGGGGACUACGCCCCCGUCUACGUCGUGAUGGAGCUCAUGCAGGAGGGGGACCUCAAGUCCCUCCUGAAGAAGCAGAAGGGGGCGGCGAUCACGGAUCAGAAGGUUCUCGAGAUGGCCGUCGAGGCAGCGGACGGAAUGUCGUACCUCGCCUCCCGGAGACUCGUGCACAGGGACCUCGCGGCGAGGAACUGCAUGCUGGACCACAGCCUCACGCUCAAGAUCGGGGACUUCGGCCUCACGCGGAACCUCAAGUCGGAUUAUUACAGGAGAGAGGGCCAAGGCUUGCUGCCGGUGAAAUGGAUGGCACCGGAGAGCCUCAAGUUCAGCCGCUACAGCACUCAGAGCGACGUCUGGAGCUACGGCGUCUUGCUGUGGGAGAUGGCCACUCGGGGGGUGACGCCUUACAAGAAUAAUACCAACGAUGACGUCAUCAGGCUCGUGGUUGAGAACAAGGCCACUCUGCCACGACCUCGAAAUUGCCCUGACCCGGUAUACAAGGUCAUGCGAAGGUGCUGGAAGUUCAACCCCUGUGACAGGCCCACGUUUCCCUCCAUCACGAAAUAUCUCCUGAAGCAAACGGGGGAACAAUUCCAAGAUAGCUUUGAACAGGUUUCCUUCAUCCACAACGCGGCGAGAGAAGCUAGUCGGCAUUGUUCCGGAAGUGAAGCCAGACCUGGUUACAUGGCCGAGGCGAGCCAGGAAGAGGAUUCGUUCUAUCACGACCUGAAUAACACCUCUGAUCUCAGUGAUGAAGGUUCGUUAGAGAAAGAGGCAAGCAGGGAGCAAAAGCGGCCCGACGCCCGGCCGCCCGCAGCCCGCAGCCACGCCCUCCGCUGUCCUCGCCGCCCGCUGCACCUCGCCUCCAGGCUGCAGUCGCUUUCGCAGCGUCGCUUCCCUCCCGCCUCCCCGCCCUCGCCUCAGUCCAGCGCCGCCGCCCCCCUCCUCGCCGUCGGGGAGAGCGCUGUCAGGGGGAGUGCCGUCGGGUCGCGCGUCCCUCCCGCCGAAGCCUCGGUGCCGACGCAACGCAGCGGGUCCUCCUCGAGCCACCGUCUUCCGCUCCAGAGGAACGUUCACGUUUACACGAAUUUCAUCACCAGAGAGCUACCUCAUGAGCCACGCCCCCAAGCAGCUUCCCCCUGGCCUGCGCGCUGUGGCUUCAGUCCUCGUGCCCAGGGGCACUGUUUGUGCCCCGUCAGUCACCUUCUCCCAAGGGUAGAUUUAACUACCGGUACUAUUCGGCCCGGAACUGAUCUUGGACCGCCUUGCCUCUCGUGCGCUGCAGUCAGACCUGCCCAAACUACUUGCAAAAAUUUCGUUACGCGCUGUGCUUCUCCCUCGUCUGGCGCGCUGCCAUCCCCCGGCGCGCUCGAAGCCCCGCUGAUGGGCUACAUGAGCGAGCCCCAGACGCCGGCGCAGCAGCACCCGAGCGCACCCCCGCCCGCCGCGGCCAGCGCCCCCUCCAGUCCCUCCGGCUCUUCGUCCCGCGGAGCCGAGCCUUUCGGUCUGCAGCGGAGGAAGCCCCGCCCUUUGUCCAGGGUCAGACUGGUUUCCUCUCAUCCUCGUGCCCUUACUCGCAAGAACGGCGUGCCCCGGACUGAUCGGAAUGCUCAAAGUAUUUUUGAAAUUAGCACUCUCUGCCAAAAGGAAUUGUUGCCGCUGGCAGUGAGCACGCCCUUCCUCUCCGCCGGCGCCGCGCGCUGGGCCGAGAACCACCAACCGCCUUCAGAUACCUCCGAAACCUCGUCACCUCGAAGAGUUCGAGCCAGCGAGUCAAGCGCCGCCACGCACGCGACUCACUUCGACAUAACCGGUUCGCUUAAAGAACCGCCUGUAUAUACGAUGCACGACCAGGCCUCCCUCCCCACACCGCCCGUUCUUCUGCUGUCCUCCGGCUCCGCAGCGCCAUCGAACGCUCCUCCUCCAGCUGUCGCCACAGCGAGUCCCAGCUGCGCGGAGCCAUCUGCCACAGCAGUUCUGCCACCUACCUCAUCCAGCUCCUCCACCGCACCAGCCUCCGCAGAUUCCCUCGCACCCCCUUCUGUACCGUCUCCGAAGAUACUGGCGGUCUUCAGUGCUACAAGUGACCUUGGCAAUCGCCACAGCAGUCGGUCCCCGGCGGCCGCCCGGCGCCAGAGGGACCUCGAGCUGAUGUGACAUAGGCCUGCAUCAUCUCUCGAGCCCAGAGGAUAGAGAUGGUUGCCUCGACUCUUCGUUUCUCUCUCGCUGUAGUCUGUAGACGGCGCCAGGUGCUAGGCCUCGGGCAGGACGUCGGGUGCCCCAUCGCCUGGGGCGGAACACGAGCCGGGGAGUUUGCUUCCCUCGUUGAUCGAGCGCAGGAAGGAGGGCGUUGAAGCACAGGGGAAGGGGGCUCACGAGAAUUA